AUGCGUUCUCAAGCGCUUCUUGCUCUCUCAGGCCUCUGCCUUGCGUGUCCCGCCUUUGCCGGAGUCGUCUCGCGUGGAUCAGACGCAUCAAUCGAUCUAACACCAACCAAUGCAUCUACAACCGGCAAGGUCAAGGCCGACAUCCGAGCUGAUACCAAUCGGGACGGCACGGUAGACAUCACAGACGGGGAAGACUGCGAGGACUGCGACGGCAAGACUGAGUGGACUGCCGACUAUGGCGCCAUCUUUCUCCCCAACAUUGGAGACACGAACAAGCGUUGCUCUAACGCCCUCCUCAACGGUCCUUCGGUCAGCAACGAGCGAAUUGAUGCUUGCAACGAUGCUUCUGACAAUGUCAUGCGCUCCGAGCAAUAUCUCGCUCCGCUCCGCACAGUUCCUCUGCCUGAGCUUCCCGAUGACGCUCAUGGUCGCAUCUACAUCAAAGACCCCGUGCAGCGCAAGUAUGUCCGCAUCUUCCACAAGGCGAGCGAAAACAGCACCUGGGGCUAUGUCGACGGCAAUUCCACUUUCAGCGCAGCCGCUCUGCGUGAGGGUCUUGUCCUCGGCGUGGACGGACGUGACACCCGUCGGCCCAAUGGCUGGGACGGUCGCGUUACUAUUAGCUUCGAUAUCGAGAGCUCGAUAGGUGCCUCUUCUGAUGAUGUCAUGCUUCGCGCUGCACCUGUCCUCACCCAUACUCAUCUCGACCCUGUGCAGCAGGUCAUUGCUGUCAAAGGUAAUGAGACUGGCAAUCCAUGGAUCCUUCGCUUCACCGACGCCCUUCAAACAGCCGUCAACGAGUCUGGUCUCGAAGAGGAACUUUACCUCUUCUCCGGAAGCGAUGAUAUCUGGGCGCAGGACUUCAUGGAGCCUGGCUUCGCUUCGAUGCCCGGUCCCGACGGACCCAUCACCCUGCGUAUCAUGAUCCGUUCUCCCCAGGACGAGCGCGUUGCCGGCAGACAGCUCUUCGAAUACUACCGCGACACUGGUAUCGGUGCUGUCCAGCAGCUUGGUGGUGCCCGCGAUGAGAUCAACUCUGGUGGUAACAUCGAGACUAUUCCUCCCUACGACUUUAAUGGCACUACUUGGCCUGCAGGUCGUCUGAUUCUUGGCAACCAUGGCGAGCAGAAACACUUCCUGCUUCCCUUCUUCCAAGCUCAAGAGACGCAAGAUCCCCUCCUUCUCGAUACAGACUGGCUGGUCAUCGGCCACGUUGACGAAUUUAUCCAGUUCAUUCCUGUCGAUUCGCCCCGAGGUUGGGUCGUUAUGGUUACCGAUCCCAUGAUGGGUGUCGAAAUGCUCCAGCAGCUAAAGGACAAUGGACACGGCUCAGAGCACGCCUUUUCGCGCAAGAACGACAGCCAAUCAUCUGAUAACUGCACCAGCGAUUUCGCCUGUGCUGCUAUUCCCGUGCCGCCAAUCACUAUCAGUGAGUUGCUUGCCAAUGAGGACCUGAUGUCUGUGCAGAAGCGCUGCGCCGAGCGUAUCGAGGGCAAUCUGCAGAUCCUCAAGGAAGCAACAGGAGUUACCGACGACGAGAUUAUUCGCCUACCUGAGAUGUUCAACGGAAAUCCCUUCGGCGACCUCUCCGCAAUUCUUUCCGGUGAUGCGACAAGUGGCUCGACAUUUGGCGGAAACUCUUCUGGUAACGCAACAGAUGAGCUGAAGGUCGGUGCGCUCUUCCCCGGUGUUAUUAACGGCAUUGUCUUGACCGACUUCGACACAUACAUUGCCCCCAACCCCUGGGGCCCCGUUGUGAACGGAACGGAUGUUCUUUCCGAGAAGCUCAAGUCGCUGUACGCCAGUGUGGGUAUGGAUGUCAUCUACAUCGACGACUGGAACACACAUCACAACUACGGCGGCGAGGUCCACUGCGGUACCAAUACCGUGCGCGAUAUGAGUAAUGAGUGGUACUCGUCAUGGGCAUCCGAUGAAUGUGAUGAUGAAGGUAGAGAUGACGAUGACGAGGAAGGCGAUGGCGAGAAUUACUAG